GCAGCAGACGAGCGCAGAACGAAAAACGAGAACAGAAAAUAAUUCAGCAUAGCAUGUCACUCGUGUGCGCCCCGCUGUCAAGUCUCUUGUGCAUUUCUGGUAAAACACCGAAAGCCAGAAAGAAAGUCGCGAGGAAAAACACGCUUACUGAAUGCAAAGGUCGGAGGAAAAGCAGGAAAGCAGCGAUGGCCGAGUUGAUGCAGCUGGAGGAGGACGACCAGAUGUACGCGGACGUCGCCGGAAAAUUAAGGGCCACCAUCAAACCCCACAAAAAUGGCAUUCCUCUCAGUGACUACACAAUCAACAAGAUCAGUCUGGUUAUAAACGAAGAUUUGCAAAAGAGGCACGCAGACCUGAAGGAAUUGAUUCUCAUAGAGAUGAACAGCGAGGAGGCUGAAGAGAUGGAUCUGUACCAUGGAAGCCCAAACGCUUUGCAGAUUGUCAACGAAGGCUUUAGUGUUCAGUUAUCUGCUGCGAGCAACAUGUUCGGAAAGGGAAUUUACUUUGCGAGCUACUCGUCCAAGAGCAAUCAGUAUGCCUGGGGCAACAACAACGGUUGUCCAGCUCACAGAAAGCGUUCUUGCACCAAGUGCGUCCGUCACCUGCUCGUCUGUCGCUGCUUCAUGGGCAACAUCUACAGACCUAAGGAGCCAGUGCUCACGAUCCCCAAAGGCUAUCACAGCGUCGUUGCCGAGCCUGGCGUCGUCCCAACCCUGAGAUACCCUGAAUAUGCUGUCUUGAACGGAGACCAGGCCCUGCCGUUGUAUCUGAUUGAGUACACCAUUGUGCCUUAAGAAGCAGGACGUCCAGCCCUGAAAUGAGAUUUCAUCAAUUUUAUUACUCAUAUAAAUUGACAAUUGACAGCUCUCAAAGACUUUUAUCAUAGAUACUAACACCACUGUGUUGCACAAUUGCACAUUCUUGAAAAAUAAUUUUUUUUGUGCGUUCGUUAAUUAAAAUACUUGUGAAAGAAUGUCCUAAUAUUAUUAUGUUCAGUACAAAUCAACUUUGAUGUUAAAAUAAUUUGCCUAAAAUUGAUUAUUCAAUAUUAAGACCGUCGUUAAAAAGAAAUAUAAUAAAAUAUAAAAAA